AUGUCGUUCUCUGGCCGUCGUGUGAGCAUUCUGCGCCCUUCCAACAGGCGAUUCUCCCUAGGCAAGGAGUUAUCGGAGAAUGAACUCCGAUCGGAAACCCAUCGUCAAUUCCGAAGCGCUCACGAAGGUCACCGUCCUCACGCCGGCCUCGAUGCCUCGCGUGCCUCGACAGGUGUUGUCUGGUGUACGGAACGUGCGACAGAACACGGUUACGCAGAGAAUCCGUCCGAAUGGGCGAAUCUGGGCCAAGGAGCCCCCGAAGCCGACGAUGAGAUCGAAGGCAGUUUCCCUCGCCCCACGAGCAUUCCCAUCACCUCUGCUGCGCGUGAGUACGGUCCCACGGCUGGUAUCAAGCCUCUCCGCGCCGCUGUCGCUCGGUUGUACAAUGAGCAUUACCGCCAGGGCAAAGAGAGCCAGUAUACUUGGGAGAAUGUCUGCAUUGUGCCCGGUGGACGUGCGGGUCUGAUUCGAAUUGCAGCCAUUUUGGGCAAUUCGUACCUUUCCUUCCCUAUUCCCGACUACUCUGCGUACUCGGAGAUGUUGACUUUGUUCAAGAAUAUCGCACCCAUCCCCAUUCCCCUCUCCCAAAACGAUCAUUAUCAUAUCCACCCCGACAAAAUCGCCGAGGAAAUUGCCCGUGGCACCCAGGUCCUCUUAACCUCGAACCCCCGUAACCCGACCGGACAUUUCGUUUCCAGCGAUGAGCUGGCUCGGAUCCAAGACAUCUGCAGGGAUCGCGCGACGCUGAUUUUGGAUGAAUUCUAUGGAGGAUACAACUACACCACCGACUGCGACGGCACAACUCUCAGUGGCGCUACGAAUGUGGAGGAUGUCAACCAGGACGAUGUGCUGCUCAUCGACGGUCUCACCAAGCGUUUCCGCCUGCCUGGUUGGCGUAUCGCCUGGAUUGUCGGCCCCAAGGAAUUCGUUGACGCCCUGGGCUCCGCUGGUUCCUACCUGGAUGGAGGUGCCAACGUGCCCUUCCAGGAGGCUGCCAUCCCCAUGCUUGAGCCGUCCCUUGUACGCGCAGAGAUGAAGGCUCUUCAGCACCAUUUCCGUGAAAAGAGAGACUUUGUUGUGAAGCGUUUGACUGAGAUUGGAUUCCGUAUCAAGGAUAUUCCCCAGGCCACCUUCUACAUUUGGCUUGAUCUGACUGCCUUGGAACCUCCUCUUCCCGCAGAGGCUAACAUCUCUGACGGUCUGAAUUUCUUCAACGCCCUUCUGACCGAGAAGGUUAUUGUGGUGCCCGGUAUUUUCUUCGACUUGAACCCUGCCAAGAGAAGAGACCUGUUUGACAGCCCCUGCCAUCACUUCGUCCGUCUGAGUUACGGGCCUAAGAUGGAUGUACUGAAGAAGGGUCUGGACGGCAUUGAAAGGGUUAUCCGCCGGGCUCGUGGAGAGGCCCCCAACGCGCAAUGGGAGGACGAGACAGUUGAGGCAGCGACGAGUUCAGGCUGCGAUGCGCAAUAUGAUGCGCUCGGUAUUAUGGCCUGGAAUUUUUAUCGCAUCCUCAAUUACACUAUCUUUAUCGUCCUCUCUGUCGUCCUCUUUUGCCUUAUAGUGCUGACCCCAGCCGACGCGAUCUACCAGUGCUACGUAACCUCUCGACUCACGAAUAUUUUUAUCAUUAGCGGUGGCUACAUCGUGACUUUUAUAUUAGCGGCGCUGAUAUACGCAACCCGGAUCUAUACCAAUCGCAGUGCCUUAGCAGGAAUCCCCAAGGCAUGGAUCCCAAUCGAGAAGGAAGAUGUCGGAAAGAGUGUGAGACGACUGGUGGUUGAAGGUCUUGCUCGCAGCGCUAUUAUUGCUUAUCAAGCUAGGCCGAGGGACACAGCUGCAGAUGGUGAUACCUUUGCCGACUACCCCAUGCUCUUAAUAGACCGCGACCGCCCCCCGUGGGGAACUGUAGAACAUCCCGGAUGGUCUUCUCCUGCAUCCCCAGAUUUGCCCGACCUGCCGUACCGAACGGUCCUCCAGGAGCUCCCGAAUCUGAUUGAAGCUAAAGCGGUCUCUCUCGCUCCCCCUGACCCCUUUUUGACAGCGACCCGCUCGUUUGAUCCCUCGUCCCCUGGCGCCGAACAAUCAAUCCCGGACACACGAGUGGUAGACAUCCUACGGCGACCGGUGUCGAUGGGUCUGAGGGAAUAUUUGCAACAUCUUACUAGCCUGAACGUCAUCAAGCCGCCCGAGAUUGGAGCAGAAUUCAUCGCACUAUAUGAACGCGCGCGCUUCUCGCCGCACGACCUUCACGAGAUCGAAUUUCGGGAUCUGAUGCACAUAUUUGCGGGGCUUUUAAGAGGGAUGAAGUCGCUUGAUACGCAAAUUAUGGACGAUAUAUACGCUGAAAGCUCUCGCGCCGAUAGCGAGUCUAUCAUUGGACCUUCAGACGAGGAAGGGGAGACUGAUACGAUGGAUUUCCACGAUGACAGCGACGCUUUCUCUCGGGGCCGGAGCAACAGUUUGCAACCUUCGAAUGCAUCGACAUGGGAGGGCCGCUCCAUUCACACUACAUCGGGAAGGCAGAGCCAUAGGUCCUUUGUUUGGUCCAGAAACGUUGACCAACAUCGGUUGGCGACACCCCGAACUCCAUCAAUGCGAUCGCUUAGGCGGGUACAGUCGAAUGCGUCGGGCAGUUCAGGAGGGAGUGUUAUUCGUUUGGUAAAUACCCAUGGGCCAUCUGAUUUGCCCUACGCGAUUAAUUUUGAUAGAACGUGA